CCUCAAAUUCCGUGUUGUCAGACGUCAAGGCGACAUAACUUCUAGCCUAACUAUGGGGGGCGAUGUUGACUAUCAGAUCUGCAGUCGAGAUAUACAGAGGCACUCCUCAAAUCUGUUCAUUGACAAAGAAGCCGACUGUACAGCUGAGGUUUGGAACCUUGGUUUCAGUUCGUUGGAAUCGCAGCGCAACAGCCGAGGCAUAAAAAAGCCAAUCAUCUCCCUCGUUCGUAACCUACAGGACUUGGAAAACCAAUGGAAAGGCUUGGAUGACUCCUCUACUAUUACCAUGAUAGUUAUUCGUCGGAAGAAUUCUUGGAGUAGAAUGAAGAUACUCCCUGAAAUGUUCAACUAUAUCAUUGCCUCGGUUGGCACGCCGCCACAGUUCCUAAAGAUUGUACUAGGCCUUGGUCAACGGACGUCCUCCGGGUAUGAAUCCUUCACGACGUUUUAUCGGAGCUUCAUGACACCAGUGGGCUCUGAACCAAACGUGGUAGCAAAUGGGUUUGACAUUUCUUACAAUAUCCGGUAUUUUGAGCCCCACGGGAGGCAACUUCAAGAUCCUUAUUCAUGCCGCCAGUCUGGAAUUCAUCACAAGUUUUAUUUUCAAGGCAGUCGCUCCACAUGGAUCAUUAUUCAGCCUCCUCAACUGUUCAAUGAAGACCUUCAACAAACAGAUUCCCAGGACAAGUCUCAUCCCUUGGCUCUUCACGUCCGUCUGAUCAAAUCAGCGACGUAUUACUUCAAGGAGUACCUCAGCUUUAAAGCAUCCCAACUGGGCUUAAUGGACGCUAAACUUAGCAUUUCCAAACCUUACGCUGAAUUCGACACGGAUUUUUCCACGAGCCAAGCUUUGCACCUAUUGAAGAAACAGCUUCUUCUAGCUCUUGAAGUAGUAGAUGGUGUCUCUCGCAUUACUCAGAAGCUGCUGAUUCAUCUGUGCGACCCGAGGACAUUUUCGAAUGUCCUCAGUCAAAUCAAUAUGAAGCUUGACCUUGGCCAGAUCAGCAGUGACAUGGAGGGUCAUAAGGCUACGAUCCGACAUUUGCUACAAGUAGUCGAAAGCAUCGGAGCCUUAAAUCGCGACAUUCUAGCACUUCGGAAUCAAGAGCUUCUAGUACAAAACAGCCAUGUUCUUUCGCAGCUUGCACAAGCUAGUGCUAAUGAAAGCAAAAGUAUAACAGCCAUGACCAAUAAAACUCAGCAAGAUUCGCGAGUCAUGCGGAUUGCAACAGUGAUAGCGAUGGUGUAUCUGCCCGCAAAUCUUGUCCUCUCUUUCUUCAGCACUUCUUUGGUCGAGCUUCGCACGACCACUCAAGCAGAGAGCACCAGUGCGAGGAUUAUGGUCUUUGACCAGGUAUGGGUGGCAGUUGUCAGUAGCUUUCUGCUCGUCAUUUUCAAUAUUGCUGCACUCAUAGUGUGGAACCGACUAGGUCCAAGGUAGACUGUCUAAUGUAUGUAACAUACACAUAAUCAGCUUGAUCAUGUGCAAAUUCCUUAAAGUUAAUCAACAAAGAAGCUAAGAGAUAGCCUUGCUAAGACAUGGCGGCUCACUCCAGACAAGAUCAUAAGACGAUUUUUAGGUUUAGUGUAUUGGCAGAUAGGAUGUGUACAUACUGUGGCACGAUACAUACAAGAUCGAGCUCAACAGAUCAAAGGGCAACCCGCAAUCGAGCUGGUAGAACAGAUCUCAAAUCCAAUCGCUGUAUUGUAUUAAGUGAAA